AUGCUUGUGCUGAAACGUAAUUCACGUGUGUCCACUCCUCAGUCACACAGACAUCUGCCCAGAAGCUGUCCCUGUGUUUUUGUGUCUGGCCCUGAUAUGCAAGAAUGUGAAACCCGGAUGUCUGCAUGCACCUGGCAGGCCGAGCAGGGUCUGGGACGAAGCCUGGCCCAAUGCGAGUGGGUGGGAUGGCCAGGAGUGUGUGUGGGGGUGAGGGUGGGGCACCCAGGCCCAGGUGUUCGGAGAGGCUGGCCCUUGCUUUGGGAGCAACCCACUACACAAAGGGGCAGGCACGUGGGCCAGGGACGUGCUGACUCCAGAGAGAAGGCAGGUGGGCAUGGUGAGCCCGCUGUUCCAACCCUCAGCCUCGGUAGACGGCAGGAGGGCUGGGAGCCACGGCACACCAUUGGGCGCUAA